AUGUCAACUUAUCUUGAAGGUAUCAAAUUAAUUGAUGAAGCAAUAUUAUUAAUUAGAGAAUAUGAAGACAAAUUAAGUAAAUAUGAAAAAUAUACAUUGGUCAAUGAUUUUGAUAAUUCUAUUAUUUUUGGAAGUAAUAAUAGUGAUAAUUUCUUUACUAAUAAUGAAAGUAAUGAAGAAAAAAGCUCUUUAGAGUUAGAGAAACUGAGAAAGCCACUAAAUCCUUAG